AAUUACAGCUUGUGCACAACUCUCUGUGUUCAGUGGGAGCCUGAACUAAUAGCCAUAGCCUUAAUUCGAUUAGCAACAAAAAUGAAUUGUUUUCAAGUCCUCGAUUGGAAAGGGAAAAAACCAAAUCAAAAGAAAUGGUGGGAUUUAUUCGUAGAAGAUUUGAAUAAGGAUAUUUUAGACGAUAUUGGCCAUCAGGUGCUUAACAUAUAUUCGGUAGCAAAAGCUCCACUCUUAGCUUCUUUACCAAAUGCAGGAAAAAGAACUCCUAAAGCAAAAUCAAGAGUACUAGAUACAAGUACGCCGCCUCCCGCGGUUUCUAAUUCCAACAGCAGUGUUUCAAACCCAAAAAGGAUCAUUGCACCAGUCAGCAAUGGUUAG